AUGUGUGCUUCAUUCCUCGGAUUACAGCCGUCGACCAGCAACACCCUCCUCGCCACCAAAUCAACCUCAAUACCUAUGGCCGCAUCACCGUCAGCGUACCAGAAACUUGUAUCCGUCGGCACCAAAAUCGUCGCCGUCGGCCGGAAUUACGCCGCUCACGCGAAAGAACUCGGAAACGCCGUACCUAAGGAACCUGUGCUUUUUCUGAAGCCUACGUCGUCGUAUUUGGAAAAUGGCGGGACGAUUGAGGUGCCAGAGCCGCUAGAGUCGCUGGAUCACGAGGUUGAGCUGGCGGUGGUCAUUAGUCAACGAGCUCGUGACGUGCCAGAAGCCAAGGCCAUGGAUUACAUUGGAGGUUACGCUCUUGCUUUGGACAUGACUGCUAGGGAAAUCCAAUCUACUGCUAAGUCGGCAGGUCUACCAUGGUCUGUGGCUAAAGGCCAAGAUACGUUCACGCCUAUCAGCUCUGUUUUACCAAAGUCUAAGUUUCCAGACCCUCACAAUGUAGAACUAUGGUUAAAGGUUGAUGGGGAAAUACGGCAGAAGGGAUCUACAAGUGAUAUGAUAUUUAAGAUCCCAUUCUUGAUUAGCCACAUAAGUUCUAUCUUUACGCUACUUGAGGGUGAUGUAAUCCUGACAGGGACUCCACAAGGUGUUGGCCCAGUUAAGAUGGGACAAAAAAUCGAGGCUGGAAUAACGGGACUUUUGGAUGUGCACUUUGACGUUGAGAGACGCCACAGAGUGAGGCAUUAA